CGGACGUGUUUGCGUAGGAGUGCGUCGGGCUGGUGAAGAGCGUGAGUUCGGGAUCUGGGAACAGUCGCCACCACGUGCUUGCGGAGGAGCGAGGCCCAAGUGCUUACUUACGUCUGGGCUCUCGCUUGACCUGUAUUUUGAAUUUUCUUAGGGAUACAGGCACGCGGAAGACGUUUGCAUAGACACCAAACCAUCUUUGACGGACAUUACAACUGAGAGUGAUUUGAAAUGAAAGGAAAUAGAAAAUAAGAAAAAUGUACAUAUAAUAAAACAAGAAUUUUGCCUCAGGCGUUCGACUCAGGUCACAUAAGGUCAAAUCGCCUUAUGUUCGGCGAAGGAAUGGAUAACAAAAACACGUGCUAAUUUGCGUAUCAGUGAAAUUCCAACUUUGACUCUCAGUGAAAAAGGUCCACAUCCUCGACAGACAAAAGAUAGAUACGUAAACAGACAAUAAAGGAACCAUAAGAGACGCAGAGACCAACAUCUCGUCCCCUGGACAUGCCGACGGCGUGAAGGGACAGUAACUCCAGCAAACCUCAGUAACAGGGACACGAGAAGCCUCCUCCAGCAGCAGCGUCAGGUCUGUCGAGCCCCUCCUCCACCUAAGCUGCCGCCAUUGGAGAGGGGGAAAGUCCGCCCUGAAGAGGCUGCCUCUCGCUGGCUCUCGCGCUUUCCCGCUGUCUCUCGCGGACGACAAACACUCGACGCUCUGAUCCUCGGCCGCGGGAGGAGGUCGCGAAGGGAUGGCGAUGGAGAAGGCGGUCCUCGUCGUCGUCUUGACGCUUAUGGUGCUGGCGCCGCAAGGACUCUCCAAGGGCUACGCUGAAUACGAGGAGGACUACUACUACGAGGCGGAGGCCGGAGACUACGAGCCGCCCACGUUCACGGCGCGCCCGCAGGCCUUCACGGUCGAGGUGGGCCAGUCGGUCAUCAUCCCCUGCGACGUCGACAACAUGGGCUCGUUCAAGCUCCUGAUCAAGAAGGUCCCGGCCAACGGCGGCGCCGAAAAGCUGCUGUUCGCCGGCCGCGAGAAGAUCACCCGCGACCGCCGCUUCAGCAUGGACGGCUCGCGCGUCACCAUCUCGAACGCGCGCCCCAAGGACGCCGGGACCUACUACUGCAUGUUCGGCCUGCAGCCGCCCGUCGUCCUGCGCCACACCAUCGACGUGCAGUACGCGCCCACCGUGCGGGCCAUGGGGCGCCCCGAGCAGCACAUCCCGCGCGGCGAGAGCGUGACCCUCGAGUGCCAGGCGGAGGGCAACCCCGAGCCCAUCAUCCGCUGGUCGCGCCAGGAGGGGCCGCUGCCCUCGGGCAAGCGCAGCGAGGAGGCUCAGAGUCUGACCCUGGAGGGCGUCGACCGCCACGUCGAGGGCACGUACCUGUGCACGGCCGACAACGGGAUCGGUGAGGCUGCAGUGGCGGCCAUGAGCAUCAUCGUCGAAUACCCGCCCGAGAUCACCACCGAGAAGGCCAUCGUGCGCACCGGCGAGGGCGACCAGGUGGAGCUCGUGUGCCUCGUUCGCGGCCGCCCCGUUCCCGAGGUGGUAUGGACGCGCGACGGCCUCCCGAUCCCCAACACAGACAUGAUGGACACCAAGCUUCACCACCAGCAGCAGACUCAGCACCAGCAACAGGACCACAACUCUCACAUGGUACACAGCCACUCGGCUCAUCGCCACACACUCACCAUCAAGCACGUCACUGAAAAGGACUUCGGGGCCUACAUGUGCAUCGCUAAGAACAGCCACGGACAGAAGGACGCAACCAUACAGAUGACAGGCCUCCCGAAGCCCCCCCACCUGACCAGCAGCCCCAACGGCGGCGAGAGCGACACCUACACCCUCACGUGGGAGACGGAGAGCUACUACCCCAUCACUGAGUUCCUCGUCAAGUACCGCAAGACACAGCUGGGGACGUGGCAGACCAACCACACGAUGGUGAUGGGCGGGUCGUGGCAGAGCAUCUCGGAGGCGGUCGACCCCGACGCCGAGCUCAACGAAGACACGCGGCACUCGAUGGCCUACACGCUCAAGGACCUGGAGGUGGCCACCGACUACGCCGCGCAGGUCCGCGUCAGAAACAAGUACGGUUGGUCGUCCGAGAGCGAGACCUUCACCUUCUCCACCAAAAAGGCUCUGGCGGUGUUGCAGUCGACUAGCACGGGCGGCGGGGCGAGAGGUCAUACCGCCGUCGCCGCCCUCACCCUCCUGCUGGCUGCCCUGGCGACGCUGAUGUAGGCUCGCCCUGAGGCCCGUCGCGCCGGAAGCCCCGCUGCACCGCGCUUACAAAGGAACUUUCUGACUUACACUGGCGCUCACACACUUACAUUGAAGCUGACCAACUUGUAUUGGAUAUUACACUCUUAAAUUGAAACUUUCACACUUACAUUCCUAAACUUCUACUCUGGUAAACAGGCUUCUUUUUUAACAAUAGGUACGUGAGUCUCUGCAUACACUUUGUAUACACUUUCAGUGCUGAAAUGGACGCUUACAUUCACCUGUGUAAGUUUUGUGUAACUGCAUGUAGAAAUCCAGUAAGAAAGUAUAGUGACUUACACAUACAAAUUGUAGGAGUUUACAAGUACAUUUUUGAAAUGACUGUAAGCGGUAACAUAUAGCAAAUACAUUAUACACUUUUUAUAAAGCUUACAAAGAACAGAAAAAAAAAAAAUAAACAAGACAAAUCGAUAAUAGAAAAGAAAAGCUGAAGAAAGUUUCGUUCUUAAAAUGCGACCAGUCUCACCGAUGUGCAGGUAUAUUUUAUACGAUUCUGGCCAAAUCCUGGAGACAAACAGACGAACGAAAAGAAA